AUGGAAGAUCGCACGCCCACCGGAGGCAAAGCCAAGGUGUCGCCCGAGACGUCGCGCCGGAGUAGCACAUAUGGCACGGGCAGCGACACGCCUACACAGAGCGCGUCGGGCACAGAUUCGGCGCGCAGACGACCGCAAGCUGCCAUGCCACCCUCUGGCUAUGGCUCCAUAACAUCUGGAAUCGAGCGCCGCCAGCAGAACGCGACGACAUCCGAAGCCUCCAUCAAACCCAAGAAGCCUCCCAUGAGCCGUCGCGUCACAUCGUCCAAAUGGCCGCAGAAGGGCCAAGAGUUCAGUGUUGAUGACGCAGAAGAAGAAGUGGAACUGGAUCAGGCUCAGCAGGACCAACAAAAGAAACAACGACAGACGCCGUUGCGUCGCAAACCAUCGACAGUUCGACGACGAACCGCCGCACCCCCGCCCAAUCUAGCCACCAUUGACUCGACCGGAGACGACGAAGUCGAGCAGGAUAACGCCGGUCCGCCAACGGGCGCUGAUGCCGACGCGACACCCUCGUCCAGUGAGGAGACGGUACAGGCAGAAGAGGACGAAAGUGGAGGCGGCGAUGACGAUGACGACCUGAGCGACGCAGAGAGCUUCACGCUACGCGAUCGCCAGGAUGCCAUCAACGUCACACAUCCCUUUGGUAUCAGGAUCUGGAAGCCCGCGCUCUACAAGAAGGGCCGUUCGGUGCAGCGCAAUGCUGAAGAAGACAUCCAUUCCUCGCCCGGUCUCUACGUCAGUAGAUGGUUGCUGCUCUUCAAUAUCGUAUGGACCCUUGUCUUCGGUUGGUGGCUGGCUGUUGUCGCCACGGCUGGCGGUUUGCUAUGCGCCCUGCUAGGCUUCGACGAGAGUUGCAAGGAAUACUCGCACCUGCUUUUCCACCUUGCUGGAUAUCUCUUCUACCCUUUCGGCAAGUACGUCAAGCUGAUGCAGGAUGAGGCUUACAUAGAAGAGGACGAAGGUGAGGGUCGCAGUAUCAGCGAGUACGAGCAGUGGCAAAGUGGUGACAUUGAAGAAGGACGUCUUUUCUUCGGACCUACAACUGGUACGAGCUCUCUAAUUGGCCGGAGACGCAACAGCGUUGAUUCUACCGGCGGAGAGACGACAAGCUUGCUUGGCAGAGAUGGACGUGCCAAUGUCGUCCAUACUGACACUGCAAACACCAAGAGAAGGCUUUUUGGCCGUGGCAAGUGGAAUCUUGGUCGAGUUGUCUUCUUCCUGUUCUUCUACGGUAUCCUCACACCCUCGCUUUUCCUUGUCUCAGCCCUGUGCUGGUUCCUCGUCUUCACGAUACCCAUGGGCAAGACUACACUGCUGCUGUUCGAUCAUCUGCGACGUCAUCCUCUAGCGCUCUCGUUCCAUUCUGACAACGGCAACGUGCGCCGUCCUGGAGAAUCGUCCUCGAUACUUCUCUGUACGUACCGCGCAGUCGGUAUCAAGUACUGGAAAUACACCAUCGACGGAACCAACAUCUUCCUUAUCAAUCUCCUUGGUUUGGUUGCCUUUACCAUUUUCGACUACUUCGUCUUAGCUGAGGCCUUGGAAAUGAAGUUUUGGCUAACAGACCAGUUUCUGCUUUUCACCCUUGCCCUGUUGUCCAUUAUUCCACUGGCAUACUUCAUUGGCCAAGCUGUGGCUUCCAUCUCAGCUCAAUCCUCGAUGGGUGUUGGCGCUACUAUCAAUGCCUUCUUCUCCACAGUAGUCGAAGUAUUCCUCUAUUGCGUGGCGCUCAAACAAGGCAAAGCCCAACUUGUGGAAGGAAGUAUCAUCGGCAGUAUCUUUGCUGGUAUCCUCUUCUUACCAGGCUUGUCCAUGUGCUUUGGUGCUCUCAAGCGCAAGACACAGCGUUUCAACGUACGAUCAGCCGGUGUCACCUCUACUAUGCUCUUGUUCGCUGUUAUCGGUGCCUUUGGGCCAACCCUGUUCUACCAGAUCUAUGGAAGUCACGAACUUAAUUGUCACCAAUGCGUGCACUCUAGCCAACAUGUGCCCCGCGAACGAGACUGCCGCAGAUGCUACUAUUCACAAACACCUGCACUGAACGAUCGCUUCUACAAUGAAGCCGUAAAGCCUUAUACUUGGUUCGCGGCUACUAUGCUCUUCUUCUCCUACAUCAUUGGUCUUCUGUUCACUCUUCGUACUCAUGCUGCGACGAUCUGGACUGAGCCAGAUGCCCAGGAGAAGAAGAUACUUGAGAUGAGCGCGAGCAGCCUCAGCCAAAGCGGUCAUAUGGAUUUUCCCCAUUCUUCGUUUGCUAGGCAAGCGACUGGGCAGUCCGUGUCUCGCGCACACAUUCGUGACAGCCAGCUGUACAAGCGUAUGGUCAGUCAAACUUUGCAGGAGGUUGGGCUUGGACCAGAACAACACGCUUCGGACGACAGGCGGCCUAGCUCCAAAUCAGACAGCCACACCCCGCAUAUGGUACCGCCUAAAGACAGUGAUGCACACUCGCACCACUCUUUCCACGUCGAGGGUCUUACAGAUGAUGCUGCUCAGUCACUUGCACGACAAAUCACAGAGAUUGCGGCAACUACAACCGCUCUGGCAACGCGCGAUGUUACCAGGGCUCCACGCAAAGCUGCCCAGCUGGCUCAUACGCCGAGUAAAACGCACGUUGAUCGCCCCGUUCAUACAAGAACAAAUACUGAGGCUGCACCUGAGGAGGUCGACACAGCCACUGGGCAUGCUUCCGGUGGGCAUGAUGCACCGAACUGGAGCCGACAAAAGAGUGCAGCCAUUCUUCUGACAGCCACUUUAGCAUAUGCCAUCAUUGCCGAAAUCCUUGUCAAUACCGUGGAUGGCGUCCUGGAGGGUUCCGAUAUUGACGAGAAAUUCCUGGGUAUCACGCUGUUCGCGCUUGUACCAAACACCACCGAGUUCCUAAACGCCAUCUCUUUUGCUAUGAACGGCAACAUUGCGCUCUCCAUGGAGAUUGGUUCUGCUUACGCGCUGCAAGUCUGUCUUCUCCAGAUCCCGGCUUUGGUGUUUUAUAGUGCUAUCCACACGGGCUAUAUCCCCGCUCAGGACGCUGCCAGCCAGACAUUCACGCUCAUCUUCCCUCAGUGGGACAUGGUGACGGUCAUUCUCUGCGUUUUCCUCUUGUCGUAUAUGUACGGCGAGGGCAAGAGUAACUACUUCAAGGGAUCUAUUCUCAUCCUGUCGUAUCUUGUGGUCAUUGCCGGUUUCUACCUGUCUGGGUUCAACGACUUCCAAAAGAUGGGUGUUGAUCCAAUGGAUACCCUAGCGCUGGGUGGUUUGGUCGAGCAGCAGGUGCAGUCCAUGACGUUUAAAACACCUUCAAGGGGUCGCAGUGGUGUGACUUACUAG